CCGCGGCUCGGGAAGAGCCUCGGAGCCAUCCGGAACCUUCUUCCUGACUGCGGCGAGGCCAUGAAGCCGCGUGAAUGGUGGCGCUGAAGAUUAGCAUAGUUGCUGUAAACAAAUGAAAUUUGAGGAGUCUCGCUACAGAGCCCUGGGGAACGCCACUUGCAAAUCUUGCUAUCGGUGCUCAGAGUUUCCCUUAACCGGCCGUUUGUCUUCACGUGGUUCGAGCGAGUGAGCAUGAUGGUCAUCCUCCUCAACUGCGUCACGCUGGGCAUGUACCAACCCUGCCAGAACAUGGACUGCCCCUCCGACCGAUGCCAGAUCCUGUCGGCUUUUGACGCCUUCAUCUACAUCUUCUUCGCCCUGGAGAUGGUGAUCAAAAUGGUGGCGCUGGGAAUCUUCGGCCGGCGCUGCUACCUCGGCGACACCUGGAACCGCCUGGACUUCUUUAUCGUCAUGGCAGGCAUGGUGGAGUACUCGCUGGACCUGCAGAACAUCAACUUCACGGCCAUCAGGACGGUGCGAGUCCUGCGACCGCUCAAAGCCAUCAACAGAGUGCCGAGCAUGCGCAUCCUGGUCAAUCUGCUGCUGGACACGCUGCCCAUGCUGGGCAACGUGCUGCUGCUCUGCUUCUUUGUCUUCUUCAUCUUUGGCAUCAUCGGCGUUCAGUUAUGGGCGGGGCUGCUGAGGAACCGCUGCUACCCGGAGGAGAACUUCACGCUGACGACGGGCGUCCGCCUGCCGCAUCCGUACUACAUGGCGGACGAGGACGACGAGCGUCCGUUCAUCUGUUCCUUGCCCAUGGACAACGGCAUCAUGUCGUGCCGGGACGUGCCGUCGCGGCGCGAGGGCGGCCGCGUCUGCUGCCUGGACAAGGACGACGUACUCCGCCGCCGCUCGCUGGGCCUCGGCGCCGAGCCUCCGCUCAACGGCUCGACGGGCCUGUGCGUCAACUGGAACCAGUACUACAGCAGGUGUCACACCGGAUUCAGCAACCCGCACAAGGGAGCCAUCAACUUCGACAACAUCGCCUACGCCUGGAUCGUCAUCUUCCAGGUGAUCACGCUGGAGGGCUGGGUGGAGAUCAUGUACUACGUGAUGGACGCACAUUCCUUCUACAACUUCAUCUACUUCAUCCUGCUCAUCAUUGUGGGCUCCUUCUUUAUGAUCAACCUGUGCCUGGUGGUGAUCGCCACGCAGUUCUCGGAGACCAAGCAGCGCGAGCACCAGCUGAUGCAGGAGCAGCGGGCGCGCCGCUCGUCCUCGUCCACGCUGGCCAGCGAGCCCGGCGACUGCUACGAGGAACUCUUCCAGCUCCUCUGCCACGUCCUCCGCAAAGCCCGCCGCCACGUGGUGGCCCUCUUCAACGCCCUGCGCGGCAAACCCCGGGGCUUCCGCGCCAGGGGCCGGCGCCCGGCGCAGGCCAACGGGAGGGGAGCUCGUCAGCGUCGUGACCUUUUGCCCCACGGCCCGGCGGCGGACCGCCACAAAACUAAGCACGCCCCCCGCGGCGAGCCCCCGCCGCUCCCCGCCGCGGACGAGGCGGGAGGCCAAGCGGACAGCUGCGAGCGCUGCGGGCGGCUGUGGUACGCCACCAGGAGGAAGCUGUGGGCCAUCGUGGAGAGCAAAUACUUCAACAGAGGCAUCAUGAUCGCCAUCCUCAUCAACACCAUCAGCAUGGGCAUCGAGCAUCACCAGCAGCCUGAGGAGCUGACCAACGUUCUGGAGAUCUGCAACAUCGUCUUCACCAGCAUGUUCUCCCUGGAGAUGCUCCUCAAAGUCACCGCCUUCGGCAGCUUCAACUACCUGCGCAACCCGUACAACGUCUUUGACGGCAUCAUCGUCAUCAUCAGCGUGUGCGAGAUCUUGGGCCAGUCUGACGGCGGGCUGUCGGUGCUGAGGACCUUCCGUCUUCUGCGGGUCCUCAAGCUGGUCAGGUUCAUGCCGGCUCUGAGGCGGCAGCUGGUGGUCCUCAUGAAGACCAUGGACAACGUGGCCACCUUCUGCAUGCUGCUCAUGCUCUUCAUUUUCAUAUUCAGCAUUUUGGGCAUGCACAUCUUUGGCUGCAAGUUCAGCCUGAAGACGGAGACGGGCGACACGGUGCCGGACAGGAAGAACUUUGACUCGCUGCUGUGGGCCAUCGUCACCGUCUUCCAGAUCCUGACGCAGGAGGACUGGAACGCCGUCUUGUACAACGGCAUGGCGGCCACCUCGCCGCUGGCGGCGCUCUACUUUGUGGCGCUCAUGACCUUCGGCAACUACGUCCUCUUCAACCUGCUGGUGGCCAUCUUGGUGGAAGGCUUCCAGGCCGAGGGCGACGCCAAUCGCUCCUAUUCCGACGAGCGCUCCUCCUCCAACUUUGACGAGAGCGACAAGCAGGAUUCCGUCAAAUUGUCGGAGCCCAGAAUCUGCACCUUGACGCCAAACGGCCACCUGGAGCCAGAUGCCUCGGCGGGGUCCCGGGAGAGGCGGAGCUUCCCCGGCGGGUCCGGCAACAGCAGCGUGAUCAGCGGCAGCGGCGGCAAGGGAAGCCUAGAGAGACGCUCCCUCUCGCUGCGACACGGUCGCAGUUCCAACUACCACAACUGGGGGCGCCCCUUCUAUCCUCAUUCUGCUUGGAGCCGCAGGUCCAGCUCCAACAGCCUGGGCCGCAGGAACUACGGCUUUGGGGCCCCUCUGGUGGGGGGUAGCCUCCGCGUUCACGGCAGCCGCACCCCUCAAGCGGCCGAGCAAGAGUCCCUCCUCUCUCGGCCCCCGCGUGCCCAGCAAGCUCCGCCUCCUCACGGUCCUCCCGCGGCCGGACUGUUGCUUUCCGGGAGGGAGCGCCGGGCUCUGUCCCUGGAGCUGCCGGAGCUGGGGGGCCGACCGGCUCGCGCCGACUCCCGGAAGAGAAGCAGCAGGGGCUCGGUGACGGGGGCUUCCGGGACGGGGAGCGGCGGCGGCGGGACGGAGCGCCGGGACUGUAACGGAAAGACUCCGGGACCUCACGGCCGGCUGAUGGUUGACGUUUUCCCGCAAGUCAACGCGCGCAAAGAACGAGCAGAUCUGGAUGAAGAGACGGACUAUGGUCUUUGUUUCCGCACGCAGAAGAUGGCCGAGGUGUACAAGCCCGACUGGUGCCAAAGCCGAGAGGACUGGUCCGUCUACCUCUUCUCCCCGCAAAACAAGUUCCGGGCCCUCUGCCAGUCCAUCAUUGCUCACAAGCUUUUUGACUACGUGGUCCUGGUUUUCAUCUUCCUCAAUUGCAUCACGGUGGCUCUGGAGAGGCCCAGGAUCCUUCAAGGCAGCCUGGAACGGCUUCUCCUCACCCUUUCCAACUACGCCUUCACUGCCAUCUUUGUGGCUGAAAUGACUCUCAAGGUGGUGUCCAUGGGCCUGUACCUGGGCGAGACGGCCUACCUGCGGAGCAGCUGGAACAUCCUGGACGGCUUCCUGGUCUUCGUCUCGCUCGUCGACAUCGUGGUGUCCAUGGCGGGCGGCGCUAAAAUCCUCGGCGUGCUCCGCGUCCUCAGACUACUGCGGACGUUGCGACCCCUCAGGGUCAUUAGCAGAGCUCCCGGUCUGAAGCUGGUGGUGGAGACCCUCAUUACCUCCCUCAAGCCCAUCGGCAAUAUCGUCCUCAUCUGCUGCGCCUUCUUCAUCAUCUUUGGAAUUCUCGGAGUUCAGCUGUUCAAAGGCAAGUUCUACUACUGCGUGGGGCCGGACGUGAAGAACAUCACCAACAAGUCGGACUGCCUGGCUGCCAGCUACCGAUGGGUGCAUCACAAAUAUAACUUUGACAAUCUCGGCCAGGCUCUGAUGUCCUUGUUUGUUCUGGCCUCCAAAGACGGUUGGGUGAACAUCAUGUAUCACGGACUGGACGCGGUGGGCAUCGACCAGCAGCCGGUGAUCAACAACAACCCGUGGAUGCUUCUCUACUUCAUCUCCUUCCUGCUCAUCGUCAGCUUCUUUGUGCUCAACAUGUUUGUGGGCGUGGUGGUGGAGAACUUCCACAAGUGUCGGCAACACCAGGAGGUGGAGGAGGCCAGGCGGCGCGAGGAGAAGCGCCAUCGGCGCAUGGAGAAGAAGAGGCGCAGUAAGAAAACACUGAAAAACAUGCUAGCACACAUGCACAAACAGUAGCUAGCAAUUUUUGUUCCUCAAAGAGCAUGGAGCAGCUCCGCCACUGCAACAUUCUUUCCAUUGUGUGCAGAAGCCCAGAAGCUCCCUUACUACGCCUCCUACGGGCCGACUCGACUGUCCAUCCAUACUUUGUGCACCAGCCACUACCUGGACUUGGUCAUCACCUUCAUCAUCUGCAUCAACGUCAUCACCAUGUCACUGGAGCACUACAGCCAACCUCAGUCUCUGGAGACGGCGCUGAAGUACUGCAACUACUUCUUUACGUCCACCUUUGUCAUUGAAGCCACUCUGAAGCUGGUGGCCUUUGGAUUUCGACGUUUCUUCAAGGACAGGUGGAACCAGUUGGACCUGGCCAUCGUCUUGCUGUCUGUGAUGGGCAUCACGUUAGAGGAGAUUGAGAUCAACGCCUCCCUCCCUAUUAAUCCCACCAUCAUCAGGAUCAUGAGGGUGCUCAGGAUAGCGAGAGUGUUGAAGUUGCUUAAAAUGGCCACCGGGAUGAGAGCUUUACUGGAUACUGUCGUCCAAGCUCUGCCUCAGGUUGGAAAUCUCGGCCUGCUGUUCAUGCUGCUCUUCUUCAUCUACGCUGCUCUCGGCGUGGAGCUCUUUGGAGAGCUGGUGUGCAACUUUGACUAUCCGUGCGAGGGCAUGAGCCGUCACGCCACGUUUGAGAACUUUGGAAUGGCGUUCCUCACGCUCUUCCAGGUCUCCACGGGCGACAACUGGAACGGCAUCAUGAAGGACACCCUCCGCGAGUGCCCGCCGGGGCGUCCGAGCAGCGACUACGGCUGCCACGCGGGGCUCCAGUUCAUCUCUCCGUUGUACUUUGUGUCCUUCGUGUUGACGGCUCAGUUUGUCCUCAUCAACGUGGUGGUCGCCGUGCUCAUGAAACACCUGGACGACUCCAACAAGGAGGCGCAGGAGGACGCCGAGAUGGACGCCGAGAUCGAGCUGGAGCUGGCCCAGGGCGGCCUGUGCUGCAUGAUGGGAGGCAUCGGGGCCAUCGCGGGGGCCACCGGCGCGGUAGGCGCCGCCGCCGCCGUCGGGGACCCGGGCGGACCUUCCGUGGCGGGGCCAAAGGACGCAGGGUCUGGCGGUGCCGCUCCUCAGGACGGACACACCAACCACAGAUGUCGACUUUAUUCUCCUGCUCAGGAGAGCCAGUGGCUGGACAGUGUUUCUCUGCUGAUUAAAGACUCGAUGGAAGGGGACAUGAUUGACAACCUGUCUGGCUCUGUCUUCCAUCAUUACUCUCCUGUUUGUAAAGACUGUGACGGGCACACGCAGGAGGUCCGUCUGGCGGAGGUGGAGCGGACCUCACUGAUGUCGGAGCAGCUGUCUGACAAAUCAUCGUCUACAGCACUGCCCGAUGAUCUCAGCCUGGAUGAACACGCCGGCUACCAGAUGCUGAUCGGAGGAAGCCAGGGCGGCAGCAGUGGCGGCGACUCCCACAGUUCAGGUGAGUUGCCAAACGAGGGGCAAUACGAGGGGCUCCCUGGUUCCGCUCCUUCCGGAGGAAAAGACAAAGAGGAAGCGGUCCACCAGCUUUUCGAGACCAGCGUCCGUCCGCCCUCAGUGGAACGACAAAGCCCGGCGCAUUGCACAGGUGAGCGCCUCGGCGGCGUGGACGGAGGCCUGGGGUCUUCGCCGCUCUUCUACCUCCCGGCUGACUUCUUUCACCCUGCCGCCGGCCCCGGAGACGGGCCUCCGUCCCGGUUGGCCUCCUGGGCGUCCCUCCGCUCACCCGGAGCAAACAACGGGUCCACGCACUCACGGCACCCGUCCCAGAGCGACUCGUCAUCGGCCGCCGGCAGUCCCGAAGGGAGGGCGGCGCUCCAAGAAGGCCUCGGCUUCGGCAUCUCUCCACCUCGGGGUCACCCGUCCAAUGUCACUCGGGUCCAAAAUGAGAAGUACGACUCUACUCCCCACCUCCCGCCCACGAAAGGACUCCACCCCCAGCAGGAUGAAGAGGCGGGCCUCUCGCUGAGCCGUCAGCAGACGAACGCAAAAAGCAGCCUGGAAAGAGACUCAAACUCCCGCAAAAACAGAUGAAACCUUUUUCUCCUCCCAUCGUGUCAGAACUCGUUCUGUGAUGACCCAAUUCUCUCGUCUUUGAACCGUCUGCUCUCCGUCACUCGACUGCUCGGGAUCGGUCGUCGAAAGCGCGACCUGUCUUUCCCCAUUCGGGGAAAUCGGGCUCCGGAAGAUGACGGGGAAAAUGUCGCCGAAGCUUCUAGGACCUCCUGCCGACGCUCGCCGGAAGGGGAAGAACCGCCUCGUGGCCGGUCCACGUUUUUCUGGUGACAACAGCAUUGACCGACGAGUGCGUUCUGUCGGGUCUGGGACAUUACCAGGUUCUGGUCUGCGAUCUUGUGUGUGCAUCUGUCUUCCAAAGACACCUUUCCCACAAGCGGCCACGCACUGUCGACAUUGAGACCCGUGUUUGACUUUUGGCCGACAUUUAGGACAAAGGAAGAGCAAAGCGUACGGCUGCUUGCUGGAAACGGGUCUUGGGAUUUUGUUGGAUCUGAAAGUGAGCCCGUUCCAGUUGUUUAGCUCACUACUACGUCAGUUUGUUUGACUAGCUUCAUGGUUAGGUCGAGACUCUGGACAACGUUGGCGCUUUGAGUGCCACAAAGCCAAAUUUGGGAAUUUGGAGUUGGUAUCAAUGAUGUUGCCACCUUUUGUUCCCUUGGCGGUCAGGUGAAGACCAAAAACCAGAACUUGUGUGUCCUCACCGAUUGCGACAUUGGAUGAGUCAUAAGUUUGUACCUUUCACUUCCUUCACGGUUAGGAAUGAUUAUUUGUCGGUACGCGUGACUUCCUCGGUGGGCGCGUCGAGACGUUUGACCCCGAAAACCCAAAUGGAUUUGCAUUGGUACCGUACCUCGGCGCCGCUUGGUGGAAACGGGACUUUGGAGCUGCUAGUGUCUGAAUGUAGACGACUGAUUACAAAACAAAAACAUGCGGUGCACCAAAAGGGCUAAAAUGGCGGAGUGCCGGCACGGGCCAAAUAUGUACUUCGUACGUACUGUCAGCCUUGGUGGGCCUGGAAUUCCCAGGCUCCAUCCCAGCUGAGCUUUCCAGCCUAGUUUGACAUCUUUGCCCAUUGAGUUGAGUGCUUUUGAAAGGGGACAUGUUAUGGAAAUUGGCUUUGGAAUCAAUUCUGAUCACCUGAUAAAAGAUAAGCAGAGCUGCAAUGUUGUUGGAUGCACAAAUCAAAAAGUGCAAAGACAUAGAUUUCUUUUUUUUUUUUUGCUGAAAAUGACCAAACAGCUCAUCUGACUCAGGUCUGCCGGCGUGUAGCAAGAGAACAAAGCAAAUCAACUACGGCAAGCGGCGCCGAGCAAACUCUGACUCCGCUUUGCCUUGUCCGUUGUUGCCGUUGGCUGGUCGGGUCUGGUACAGAGUCCGGCGGUCUCGCCGCGUUUUUUUUUUUUUUUUGUGAGCCGUACAUGUAUGCAUGACGCAGAGAUGUGUUUUUGUAGCGGAGACUUUGCAAGUAUUAAAUAUUGUAUAGCAUCGAGUUUGCCUCCACCACGUUGGAGAUAUGCAAUACGUCCUUGUAGUAGAGCUCGGGGAAUGGAGAUCAUAUUUAUGUCAUUGGAUUCAAAUGCCAGACUGAAAGGUCACAGAAAGGGUGGCAUUGUUACAUGUGAUGUGUAUCCCACCUCCCCCAAAUUGCAUGUGCCGUUCUGUUUUCCUGAAUGUCACUCUGGUGUCAUAUAAAAGGAGCUUUUCAGCA